GUGACUCCAUUUCCCAUGAGCAUCCUUUCAUAUAAACUACAACAAACAAGAUGGCAGGAAUAGGAGCUUUCCUGAAAAAUGCGUGGAAUAAAGAGCCUGUUAUCUUGGUGUCCUGUGGAAUCGGACUGAUAGGCGUUAUACUUCCCUUCGUCAGCCCCUUAACGAAACAUACAGCCAUGCUAAAUGCAGCUAUGCCAUACAAUUACCCAGUUCCUGUCCGGGACGAUGGAAACAUGCCUGAUGUUCCAGCCCAUCCAUGUGAGCCAAAAGGCCGAAAUUUGGAUUAGAUCAAGAAUUUAUAACUUCAUGUCUCCCAAUCAUUGUCUGUUUUGCUUCUGUUCAUAUAUUUGCAUAGUUUCCCUUAUUGUCAUUGUCUGACAGUAAAGACUAUUUAAUUCUA